UCAGAAAUUAAAUAAUAAGAUAACCGUUAUAAAUCAUUAAAAAAUCAUUUUUAAAAUAAGUAAAUCAUACAAACAAUGGAUCAGUUGGAUCAAGCAAUUCAGAAAUGGAAAAGUCGUCAUUCAGAUGGUGGAAAUGGAUCUCUCGAAGGUUUGGAUCAAUUGAAAGAACAGGAACGACUACUUGCUUUCACUCAACAAAUGGCAGCUCUCAAUGACGGAAUUAUAUAUGCGGCUCGAGGUCCGGGUGCGGCAUAUUUUAAUCUCAAUUCAGUGACCACUUUUGUCCGAGCGUUGGCUGAAAAUUUGAAAUCAAGUAAAGCUUUAUUUGGAUACAAUACACCAGUUUCUGGAUUUGAUUUACCACAGUGUGCUAUAGCCUGUGCUAUCAAUAGUGGAACUGAAGGUCGAUUUCUUGAUGAACCCGUAUGUCUCUCAUAUCUGUCAUAUGUUGUGUCGACUUUCAAGUACUCAUUUGGUGUCUAUUUAGACUACAUUGAUCCUCAAUACUAUCAAAUUAUUGUUAUCAAUAAUGAGGGGUGUAUAGCAAGUUAUCAAUUUAUGCAAACAAUCAAUUAUUUGAAUAAAGGUUAUGGUAUGGAUGUGCCAAUACCGGUGCCCAAUAACUUGAUGGACGGUCAUCGGAUUCCAUUAGAUGAAAUGGAAAUAUAUACAAAAGCGUACUGCAAGGCACUGAAAAAAACCAAAUUACCCGUCGGGGAUGAAAUCAUAUCAGCGUCGGCUCUCACAUUCGUCCACUCGGCCCACAAUGGGUCGACCGGUAAGAUAUUUAACGAAUUGGUCACUGAAUUUGGUUUCAAGAGAUUCACAUUCAUCGACACUGAUCUCAUUGGUGAUUCAAAUCACAUAUUUCGGACACAGACUGCAACUUUAUUGUCCCAAAGAGUUACUGAAUUUAUGACCGAUCCAGCAAUUGGACCAAACAUUAUAUUAGUCCACAAUUCAGACGGCACUCGAGUUUUGCUGUUAGAGAAGAAACCUGAUGGACAAUACAUAGAGUUUAGUGACUUUGAGGUAUCUGUCCUAUUGGUUUGGUGGUCACUAUUGAUGUACAAAAAUCAAAAGAUGUAUCGAAAACACAGUCCAUCGAAAUAUCGUCGAAAUCAAUACAAUUUUGAUCAGCCGGCCCGAGUCACUGUCACUUACAACCAAUUCAUUGAACCAAUUAAAGAGAUGUGUUCAGUAGAAAACCAAAUUUUAAUGCAAUCACACUCACCGGCUAUGUUUGGAGAAGAACUGAUCAAUUUGAUCCAAAGGAGAGUUCAAUACAGACAAGCCGUCAGCAAUAUAAAGUCUGUUGAAAAUUUACCAGAAAAUCUACAAAAUGUUGAGCUUCCGGUGCCGUUACUCAUUGCAUUGGCUGAGUAUCGAUUGAUGUGUGACCCGGAAAUCAUUCACGUUUGGGAUGCCGUCGGUGCGGCCCUACAUCUCUCACAAAUGGCUGUAUAUCUCUAUGCAUUCAAUCGCAUCACUCUAUUGCAACAUUUGGAUGCAAUUAGUGCCGCAUUUCCAUCGAUCCAUCGAAGACGGACAACACGUCGUUAGCAAAGUUUCAAACAUUUAUAUCAAAGUCAUGUCAUCUCAGUAUUUGUAGUUAUUAUUUGUUUUCAAAAAUUUCA